CCUGCCCUGCUCGGGAGGGCCGCCAAGACUCUUCACGUAAACCCGGCCGGGUGGCCCCCAGUGGGUGCGCCAGGCUAUUGGCCCCCGCGCCGACCUCUGCCGGCGAGCCCCGCCACCUCCUUUCGCCACCACCUCCCUUCCCCGCCCACGGCCCCGCGCGCCGCCUGCCCUCGGAGCCAGUCUCUGACAGCCGCGGCGCUGCGCGCUGCUUCUCCGCUGCUCCCGACCGAGGCAGGGCUUCUGAAUAUAUUUCAAAACUCAACAGUUUCAGCCAAGCCGAAGCAUUCUGUCUUCCUGGAGGCACCUGUCCAGCUUAGCUGAGCAACAACAGAUUAUCAGUCAUCAUGGUGAAAAGCUACUUAGGCUGCUGGAUCCUGGUUCUCUUUGUGGCCACAUGGAGUGAGUUGGGCCUCUGCAAGAAGCGGCCAAAGCCUGGAGGAGGAUGGAACACCGGGGGGAGCCGAUACCCAGGGCAGGGGAGUCCUGGAGGCAACCGCUACCCACCCCAGGGUGGCGGUGGCUGGGGUCAGCCCCAUGGUGGUGGCGGCUGGGGCCAGCCCCACGGUGGCGGCGGCUGGGGCCAGCCCCACGGUGGCGGUGGCGGAUGGGGCCAGCCCCACGGUGGCGGUGGCUGGGGUCAAGGUGGUGGCGCCCACAGUCAGUGGAACAAGCCCAGUAAGCCGAAAACCAACAUGAAGCACGUGGCAGGGGCUGCUGCGGCCGGGGCAGUGGUGGGGGGCCUUGGCGGCUACCUGGUGGGAAGCGCCAUGAGCAGGCCUCUCAUACAUUUUGGCAGUGACUAUGAGGACCGUUACUAUCGUGAAAACAUGUACCGUUACCCCAACCAAGUGUACUACAAGCCCGUGGACCAGUACAGCAGCGAGAAUAAUUUUGUGCGCGACUGCGUCAACAUCACCAUCAAGGAACACACGGUGACCACUACCACCAAAGGGGAGAACUUCACCGAGACCGAUAUCAAGAUGAUGGAGCGUGUGGUCGAGCAGAUGUGCAUCACCCAGUACAAGACAGAGUACCAGGCUGCCUACCAGCGAGGCUCGAGCGCAGUCCUCUUCUCCUCCCAUCCUAUAGGCCUGCUCCUAUCUUUCCUCAUUUUCCUGAUAGUCGGAUGAGGAAGGUCUUCUCAUGUGCCCCAUCUCGCUGGUCUUUUACCAUGUUGGGGGAUGGGGGUGUCUACCUGCAGCCCUUUUAGUGGUUGUGUCUCAUUCUGGCUUUCCUCUUUGUCACACAUAGGUUCAUCCACCUGGCACUGAUGGGCACUGGGAAAUGUAGAGUAAGCACAGGAUGCUAUUUAUUCAAGACCCUUGGAUCGAGUCCUUAAUAGGCCACUGCUAAUGCCGAGCUGCUAAGACUGUAACAGCAAAUGAUCCUCGGUUAGUGGAGGCUUCUUUUUUGUCUAGCUAGACUGGUUGUAGCUAAAACAAAUCUCAAAACAGUUUUUAAAUGCUUAAAAUGCUCCAGCUAGAACCCAGUGUACCAAUGCCCCAGCUUAGCAGUGAUUUCCUAGCAAUCUGGAGAAAUUUUUUUUUUAUCCAAUCUAAGAAAACCUGACUGCAUUUUCCUGCUCAAAUAGCAUUGCCACCAGAUUUGGAAGGAGGCCACAUGAUACUCAUUCAGGAAAAAAAAUUUAGAAAUCCUUAGCUCUUGGGCUGUGGGCUCAGCCUGGGGAGGGGGUGGGAGUGGGUCCUGUGUCUGCAGAGAACUGCGAUGGCACUUUGCAUGUUGUGGUGCAGGCCACGCUGCAGCUGUUGCAUCAAGAGUAAAUAAUCAUCUAACACUAGAACUCUGACCAGGGGACAUUUUCACAGGAAAUGAACCUAACUAACGUAUCUGUGAAAGUCUUCUGGGAUCCCUAGGAGGCAGUCUCCCAUUUUGGAUGUGCUUUAAACUUGUGGCAUUCCUUUCUACGGUAACAAACUAUAGGUAAUUAAGGCAGCAAAAAUUUAAAUUAGAUUCUGGACACUGAAGGCAAAUCUUUAUUCAUUUAUCUGGAAAUCUGAAUAAUUUUAAUGUGUUUGGGUGAAGCCAGGAGAUUUUAUCAUAGAAGAAGUUACAGCUGUUAAAAGCACAAUUAACAUAGAGGAUUACGUAAUGAAGAAAUGGUUAGUGUACAAAGAAAAAUGUUUGCAUUUCUUUAUUGCUAGCUCAUAACUCAAAAAUCAGAAUUAGGUCAAGUUCUUAGUUUCUGUAACUGAAUCAAAGAAUAGGGAGGUAGUCUAAAAAUGUAUCUUAGAUUGGAGAUGACAUGCAUACGAUCCAUUAAAAGUGGAAAAAGAAAUUGUUAAUGUUAUUUACGUAAGGUAAAAUGAUUCCCUGAAUCAUUCAAUAUUGUCACCUAGCAUAGAUAUAUUACUAUUCUGCAAUGUAAUUGGCUUGCUCUGUGUGGAUAGUCUAUGUAAAAAAAAGUAUAUAUAUAUAUAUAUAUUGCAUAUGACAAACAAGUUUUGUUUAGAGCACUUAAGUAUCUAAGGCAUUAACUGUUUUUUGUAAUAUACUAAACUCGAUAUGUGAGAAACCCUUUUGCUUGGUCCUUGUGCUUACAAUGUGCACUGAAUAGUUUUGUAUAAAAAUCCAAAAUGUACACCAUUAACUGGUCUUUGAAAUAGCAUGUACUUGAUAUUUUCUAUAUUUGUAACUUCGCAUGAACUUGUUUUGAUGUGUAAGAAAUUUAUAAAUGUUUACUAUCUGCCUAAAAUUAAACAGGAGCUCAAAUGAGCAUCUUCUGGGACAUUG